AUGCAGAUUUAUAAAUUUAAAGCGAAAUUCAACAUGAAAACCCUAAAAUAUCUGAUGAUGAUGAUCACAACAAAAUUUAUGAUACUCUCCAUUCUUAUGAUUGUUCUGGGAUUCUCAAUGUACGCCCGUUACCACACGUUCUCGUUUUUCUAUAACGAAGUCAAAAGCGGGGAGUUCCUUACCCCCGCCUUAUUCACCUUUGUACUGGGUAUAUUCCUCCUCAUCGUCACAUUGUUUGGAUUCUUUGGUACUUUAAAAGAGAGUACUUGCCUGGUAAAUUUGUAUGCACUUAUUUUGACUAUUUUACUAAUACUGAAGUUUGUCGCGGUCAUACUGGCGCUUUCACUGGAUACAGCGACCAUAAGGGCAAUUUUGCACAUACCAGUUACAAAAUAUGUUUCGGACUCCGAAAUCGAAAUGGAAAUUGACCAGCUGCAAGUGUCCCUAAACUGUUGCGGCAGUGAAUCGUACUUAGACUACGUCGGCAUGGAGUUCACGAGCAAACACUCUACAUCAGUAUUCCUUACGAUCUACGGCAACUCUCUUGUACCGGUGGUGGUACCCGCAUCUUGCUGCGCCACAGAGGGCGUCGAAUACUGUGCCACGAUGAGGACUACCGGCUGUAGCUCGGCGUUGAUAAGUUUCUUUAUGAGGAGCUCUAACGUCCUUGGUGUGCUGGGGAUAGCUGUUACAAUGAUGAAGUUGUUGGGUAUCAUUUUCGCGGUGUUGCUUGCGCGGUGCAUCCGGAAAGCGAAGAGUGAGAGGGGCCUGAUAUCUUGGAGAAUCAAUGAGCUGGCGAUAGCGGCGCGCGAGAACGAGGCGAGAAAUCAAUCAGGGAACUAAGAUGCAAUAACCAAUAGCGUUGGCGAACAACCUAAUCAUUUAGUCGUCCCAUAAUUCAAAAGCAAGAAAUUGAAAUAGUUUA